AUGUCAUCUAAAUCAACAGAGCGUCAAACAAUCGAUCUCCAAGGAACCACAGAUCAGCCCAAACCAGAGCCAGAUUACCUUCUCGAUGCUCACAGCACAGCAGCUUUGUCCCAACUCCAGAACGGUGACCUAUUGAAGAUGGUAGUCGAUCAUGAAGAAGAUAUCAUCGAGUUCGAGGAUCACGCCCAAAAGAUAGCGCCUGAAGAUCUUGCUGAAUACUUUGACGCCCCCGGAAUUCUGAAGUUUGCGUUUUAUCGCCAUCCUGGGUCGGGUGCUGUCAUCUUGAUCUGGACACGUUUCCCUGCUACGGCAUCCACCAAGAAUGCACGUGUUCAGCACCGGGUGAGGAGAGAUUUGACUUGGCAUGCUGAGAAAGUGGACAUCAAGAAUGUGGCUACGCUUCAAGUGCAAUCUCGGAAGGAUGUAACUGCGGAGCGCUUGAAGGAGGCGGCUGACGCGUUAUCGACAAGCGAAGAGUGA